AUGCCAUGCUUCCAUUCUGAUGGAUCCUCCAUCGCCUUACACCAGGAUCUGCUGCUGGGUGGAAGAACCAAGCCCUCAUCCCUCGACAGUGACAUGAUGGCCGCAGGAAAACUGAGCCAGGAGCGGCUGAAGGAGAAGCUGGAUGCCCUUCAGUGUCACUUCACCUGGAAGAUGGAUGUUGACUCUUUCAGUCUUUGGCAUCUCCUGCAGAAGUUGGCUGUUGAGAUCAAGCACACAGCCCACCAGAACCAGGGGGCCCUCCUGGGGCUCCAGGCCUACCUGCACCAGAUGAACAAGCAGAGUAAGGAAGCUCUGCAGAGCCUCAAAGCUGCUGAGGAGCACAACGAUGAGAAGGAUCUACCGACAUCUACUGCUGGCUCUUUGAUCAUCUACGGGAAUUAUGCUUGGAUCCACUACCUUCAGGGCUCCUACCAGGAAGCUGAAAUCUACCAGGAACGAGCUAAGAAGCUCUGCCCAACUCCUUGGGACGUGCGGCUGAUCCCGCACAUCCAGGCCCUCAAAGGCUGGUCCCUGCUGGCUAUCAGAGCCCGAAAUGGGGGACGGGCAAGAGAGUGCUUCAACACGGCCUUGAUGCUUGAACCAGAGAACAGCUCCUUCCGUACUGGGCUUGCAAUGGCUCUUUAUUCCUCCUGGAAUUUCUCCUGGCAACCUGAUAUUGAAAGAGAAGCCAGAAUCCAGUUGGAAAGGAUUGUCAACGAGCAGCCAGAAAACUACAGAGCCAAAAUAUAUUUGGCCAAGCUACUUAAACAAGUUGAUAGGGAAAAAUCAAUUGCCUUAGCUAAAGAAUGUGCAGAGAGAAGCUCUGACCCCGAGGUCCUCAAACUAGCAGCUUUGUUCUGGAUGCCACUGUCAACAGAACGGGCAUUUCAGAUCAUCCAACAAGCCCUGCAGCAGGAUCCAGGUUACCACCUUCUCUACCAGGCCUUGGCCAACUGCUACAAGCAACGCUGGCUUAAAGCAGAUCACAAAGAGAGUGAUAAGAUACGGUGUAAAGCUAUCAAGGACCUCCAGCAAAUUGUUCAGGAACAUCCAGACCUUGACCUUACACUUGUCAAGCUGCAGUUGGCAGAGUUCAUUGGUGUAAAAAAGCCAGCACAGGAAGAAAAGAUCUAUGAGGAGCUGCAGAAGAAAAUCGACACCCUGAGCCUCAGAUGCCGUCAAGCCCUGAAUCUCUUCUGGGGAGAUUUCUUCUGCAACCGGGAGAAAUGCAAGGCUAGCGCAAAGGCCAAGUUCAUGGAAUGCUACAAAAUCCCCGUGCAGACAGACCAGAGGAGGGAAUGUGGGCACAGGCUGCUGAAGAUGGCUGAGACCUACCAGCACAAUGGUGACGCCGAUACUGCCAAUGACAUCCACCGCUUCCUCCAAGAGGCCGACAAGCACCUGCCCAGGGAACCUGCUGUGCUUGGUUUAGAUGAUGAGGAUCACCCCAUCCCACAGAGAAUUGGGCAGGACUUUUCCCAAGGCUAGAAAGCCAAAACGACUGCCUGGCUCUGCACAGCAGGCCCGUCCUCACAUGGACAUGGUGGUUCUGUCAGCUCCUCACGCCGUCCCCAUUGCUCAGCCAUCAAAUCCAGGCCCACCCCUGGGUAACCAAGUGCCCAAACCUUCCACACGCUGCUAGGUGCUUCUGCUCCCAGAGGGAAUAAAAACAAGAGACAAAUUUGUCUUAGAGGGUCUGAGCAGCAUCUUCUGCAGGUGUGGACCUGCAUCUCUCCCUUGGA